AUGUCUAUCACCAUCGAGAAGAUAUUGGCCGCUGCUCCCGCUACUACCCGCGGCCAGCCAACUCACUUGUCCACCGACAAGAAAGGAGAGAGGAUAGCCUAUGCUUCUGGCAAGUCCAUCUUCAUCAGGUCCAUCGACAACCCCGCAGUGUCUAAGCAGUACGUCGGCCACACUGCCCCGACGACGGUUGCUCGGUUUGCGCCGAGCGGGUUCUACGUUGCUAGCGGCGAUGCUUCCGGGACGGUGCGUGUAUGGGAUGCGGUAGAAGCCGUAAACACAAAGGGUGAAUACCACAUCAUCUCGGGCCGUAUCAACGACAUUGCUUGGGAUGGAGACUCCCAGAGAAUCAUAGCCGUCGGAGACGGCAAAGAACGAUUCGGCCACUGCAUCACAGCCGACAGCGGAAACUCAGUCGGCGAGGUGACGGGACACUCCAAGGUCAUCAACGCCGUGGCCAUCCGCCAGCAGCGGCCUCUGCGCGCCGCCACGGUAUCCGACGACAGCACCAUGUGCUUCCUGCACGGAGCGCCCUUUAAGUUUAACUCGAAGGAGGCCGACGUGCACAGGUCCUUCGUCUUCGGCACCGCCUUCUCGCCCGACGGGAGCCAGCUCGUGACGGUUGGUGCCGAUAAGAAGAUUCAGCUGUACGAUGGCAAGACAGGCGAGCCUACCGUUUCGAUUGGCGAGGGCGAGCAUACCGGUAGUAUCUUUUCCGUGUCGUGGUCGCAGGAUGGGAGGAAGCUUGUGACGGCGAGCGCUGAUCAGACAGUGAAGCUCUGGGACGUGGAGGCGCAGAAGUCGAUCCAGUCGUGGAGGUUCGGCCCUGAGGGAGCCGUUAGUGUCCCAGAUCAGCAAGUUGGCGUCGUGUAUCCCCAUGGCCGAAGCGACGGGCUCAUUAUUAGCUUGAACCUCAAAGGAGACCUCAUCUACCUCCGCGAGGGAAGCGAUAAACCGAACGGGGUUGUGCAGGGCCACAACAAGGCGGUGACAGCUGUUGGCUCCGGCUCGGACGGCACGGGCCAGACCCUGUGGACGGGUAGCUUCGACGGUCGCGUGCUUCAAUGGGACGUGGCCUCCGGAGAGGGCACCGCCGUAGACGGGCAAUCCCACUCGAACCAGGUGGUCAAGUUCGCCCCUGGUGCGGUAGGCCACACCUACAGCGCAGGAUGGGACGACACCCUCCGGACCAUCGAUGAGCCGGCACAAACAUUCACCGGUUCGGCCAUCAAGCUCCCUGCCCAACCCAAGGACCUAGCCUCAGGCAACGGCCGAAUCUACGUUGCCACGGCCUCCGGCGUCGCCAUCUACCAAGACGACAAGCUCGUCAAGGAUGUGACCCUCCCCUAUGUGCCCACUGCCAUAGCUGCUCACGGCUCCUACGUCGCCAUCGGCGCCGACCAGAACCGCGUUCUCGUCUACAAGGCCUCGCCCGACGGCUCCCUCCAACAGAUCCACGCGGCCCUCACAAAAUCGACCUCGCAGAUCUCCACCCUGGCCUUCUCGCGCGACGGCGGCCACCUCGCCGUCGGCAACGCCAUCGGCAAGAUUUGCGUCUACGAGACCUCGGGCGACUGGGCCGUCGCGACAGAUAGGUGGUCAGCGCACACGGCGCGCGUGACGACCAUUGCGUGGAACAAGGAGGGGACGCAUGCCGCUAGCGGGGCGCUGGAUACGAAUGUACAUGUGUGGAGUUUGGCGAAGCCCGGGAGCCGCGUGAAGGCGGGAAAUGCGCAUAAGGAUGGGGUGAGUGGUGUUUGUUGGGUUGAGGGGGGGAAGGUGGCGAGUUCGGGUGGGGAUGCUGCUGUGAAGAUAUGGGAUGUGAAGCUGCAGUGA